AUGGGAGGAGAAGUCUGUCAUCUCUUCUUCGCCUGGGGUCCUGACCCGUGUGCUCCUUUGCUCCUAGGGGAGCCCUCCCAGCCUUCCAACAGCAGCCGGCCCCCAUGCCAGAAUGGGAGUGAUGCCGAGGCCAACACUGCUGCAAACCUCACCUUCUCCUCCUACUACCAGCACUCCUCCCUGGUGGCUGCCGUGUUCAUUGUGGCCUACGCGCUCAUCUUCCUCCUCUGCAUGGUGGGCAACACCCUGGUCUGCUUCAUUGUGCUCAAGAACCGGCACAUGUGCACCGUCACCAACAUGUUUAUCCUCAACCUGGCCGUCAGCGACCUGCUGGUGGGCAUUUUCUGCAUGCCCACCACCCUCGUGGACAACCUCAUCACUGGGUGGCCCUUCGACAACGCCACAUGCAAGAUGAGCGGCUUGGUGCAGGGCAUGUCCGUGUCAGCUUCUGUUUUCACACUGGUGGCCAUUGCCGUGGAAAGGUUCCGCUGCAUCGUGCACCCUUUCCGCGAGAAGCUGACCCUGCGGAAGGCGCUGGUCACCAUCGCGGUCAUCUGGGCCCUGGCCCUGCUCAUCAUGUGCCCCUCGGCCGUCACGCUGACCGUCACGCGCGAGGAGCACCACUUCAUGGUGGACGCCCGCAACCGCUCUUACCCGCUCUACUCGUGCUGGGAGGCCUGGCCCGAGAAGGGCAUGCGCAGGGUCUACACGGCCGUGCUCUUCUCGCACAUCUACCUGGCGCCGCUGGCGCUGAUCGUGGUCAUGUACGCGCGCAUCGCCCGCAAGCUGUGCAAGGCCCCGGGGCCCGCGCGCACCGGCGAGGAGGCGGCGGGGGAGGGCGGCCGCGGCGCCCGGCGCAGGGCCCGGGUGGUGCACAUGCUAGUCAUGGUGGCGCUGUUCUUCACGCUGUCCUGGCUGCCUCUCUGGGCCCUGCUGCUGCUCAUCGACUACGGGCAGCUGAGCGAGCCGCAGCUGCACCUGGUCACCGUCUACGCCUUCCCCUUAGCUCACUGGCUGGCCUUCUUCAACAGCAGCGCCAACCCCAUCAUCUACGGCUACUUCAACGAGAACUUCCGCCGCGGCUUCCAGGCCGCCUUCCGCGCCCAGCUCUGCCCGCCGCCGUGGGGGAGCCACCGGGAGGCUCCCAGCGGGCUCCUGCGCACGCAGGUCUUCGUGGAGGUGCAGCCCAGCGACUCGGGCCUAACCUCCGAGUCGGGCUCGAGCACCGGGACCCCCAGGCCCGGCCGCCUCCAGCUGCACAGUGGCCACGUGGCCCCCCCUGGCUUGGCCGCCGAGGGUCCCGGCUUUUCCCAUACACCCCUCACCAUACCAGCCUGGGGCGUUUGAGUGGGACAUGGAGGGCCGGACCCUGAACCCGAGGGCCCCGGCUGGACACGUGACACCCAGGCAUGCUAGCGGCCUGGUGUGGUGUUAGCAGAGGGUACCAUGUGCCUCCCUCUCAAAUACAAGACAGUGAGCAGUUAGUUGCUAGUGGAAUCUUCUUUGCCACCUCCCCCCUCAGACAGAGGCAAAGGAGGGUAAGGGGAGAGGAGCCUUGUUCCCCGAAAACCCUUCUGUGUGGUAGAAGCCACCAGCAUCAUCUCACUGAAUUCUCAAAACGCUUUCAGAAUAGGGGUUUUUCAUCCCCCUUCUGAAGACGUGAAACUGAGGUUAGAAGAGAUGCGGCUAGCCCAGUCUCAGCUGGAAACCCUACAGGAGUCUGUGUGCCUCCAGUGCCUGAUGGUUUUGACCAUCUCCAGCUGUCUCCAGAAGGACCCCCGGAAGGUGAACACAGUGAAAAGUGGAAAUCCUAAUUAGGCAGCUGGGAAGAAGCGAAAAGCAAGGCUGGCCUGUCCAUCGGAUGCUUGGUGUCCACAUCCUGGUGUCCUGUAUGUAUGAUUGAAGCCACUCCCCUGAUCCCUUCCCAGAACAUAGUGUGUUCUGUGUAGGUUUGUCUUGUUUGUUCCAGGAAGUGUCCAGGGCCAUUCUCUUCUCCCCAAAGUACCAUUUACAGGACGUCAUGUCUGAGCAGCUGCGGAACUAGCCCUGGGGAGUCUGCAUCAGUUUCAGGCACUCUGGGUCUGAGCCCAGAGAAGGGUGGGUCUCCGUCCUCCCUCCUCUACCCAUAGGGCCCACCGCCAUCACGGCGGCCCAGGUGAGAGCUCACAGUGCGACAGGCAGCUGCAAGGCCACAAGAAGCAUCAGUUUAUUUAUUCAUGGACAGGAGGAAGGGAGGGCAUAGCACCCAGUUUCAGCCUUCCGAAACACAUCUGCUCACUGGAGCUGCAAGGCCUUUCCCCUGCUCCUUCCAGGGGAUUGCAGGGGAGAAGUUGGCCAACCAAAGCUAUGGUGUCUUCUGGGGCCUCUGGGAUGGCAAACGCUAAACCUCUCCCUGGCAUGGAUAACUUGUGUGCCCUAAAAAGGGAUGGGGACCAUCCCUUGUUUGCUCUGGCUCUCACCCAGCAUAUCUGCAUCACCUUGAAGAGAGAGGCUUCUCUCCAGGAGGUGGGAGGAAUUGGGAUCACCUUGUGAUCCUUGCACGGCUCCAGUAAUCUGCAGUUAACUGGGUAUUUCCCCCUCAUCUCUAUAGAAAACGCACUGCUGCCAGAAUUUUAGUGAAUAAAAAAGAAACAUUUCCAGGGCAGAGAAUGUGACUCUGAGGCUCCAGUAGUCUCCUUAAUCGACACACGAUGACUUAAGACUUAACCCUGUUUACUCCAUUCUAAGUACUAGAUGUAGGGGCAGAAGAAAAUUCCUAAGCCACUGUACAGUGUGUUCUCCAAGCAUGUCGCCAGACACUGUCUCAUCUGAUCCAUACAAAUGAGGCUGAAGGAGAUGUUGCUGUUUUACAAAGUAACUGAGGCUCAAAGGGACCAUGUGAGCCACAGAGGGGCAGGGUUUGGGUUAGAAUUUGUCUUCUGGUUUCUUCCCACGCCCCUUCCUUCUUUUCAAGGAAGGUGGAUUGGGGAGGAGAGCCGGAAAUUCCCACAAAGACUUUUUGCCUGAUGGUGAACCAGAAUGCUCACAGAACCAGAAUCCCCACCCUCAAGCUCCUGGUCUGGGAAAUGAGAGUCUAUUGUAUUUACUCUUGUACUAUCUGGCCUGAGCUGUUCUGUGUAUGCUCUCUAUGACCCAUGUACUGAGCAGGCUGCCAAGAUCCGUCAUGACCCCGCCCUGGUCAAGGUGUCUGGGAGUGAUGGAUGCGGGUCUUAGGAAAGGGUGUGCCAUCCUGUCCCUCAUUAGGUAGUGCGUGUGUGGGCCCCAUUUCUGGUGCUGUAUCCGUGUUCUGUGUCACAUAGGCCAGAGGAUUCCUGGCUGCUUGCUGUAAAGAACUCUGACUCCAGGCUCUAAAAAUAGACCAGAGAAAGGGCCCUCUUAAACCCAAAUGCUUGUCCCUGUGGCAGGGGGGAAAUCUGUUGGGAGACACUGUCUGGUCUCUCCUCUGGUGUGUGUUUCUCCCUUAGCAUGGUCUCCCCAACCACAAAAUCACAGCCUUUACAGCUGGGGGGAGACCAGGGCACUCACCCAAGCCAAACUUCUAUCAAGGCCCCUUUGUUUUACUUCCCCCCAAAGAUGCCAUGCUUUGAAAGAUUGGGCCUGCCAAAACAAAAAAAGCCUGCACUAGGCCAUAAUGCAUAUAUUUGCUGUUACUGUUAUUUCUUUUAAAAAAAUCUGUCAAAGGCUAUGCCUGCUGGUUCAGAUUUGAUUUGAAUCAGGCAUGACUUGAUGCUUUCAUGAGGGGAGAGGCCUUGUGGGUUCCUGUGGAAUGUCUGGUUUUUUGUGUAUGUGGCAAAAUAUAUACAACAUAAAAGUUACCAUGUGACCAUUUUUAAGUGUACAGUUCAGUGGCGUUGAGUGCCUUUGCAUUGCUGUGUAACCAUCACCACUGUCUGUUUCCAGAAACUGGAAACUGCAGUUUCCCAAACUGCAAUUCUGUACCCAUUAAAUAACUCCCCAUUCCUCCCUGCCCCUGCUAACCACCAUUCUACUUUGUCUCAGUGAAUGUGAUUACCCUAGGUACCUCAUGCAGGUGAAAUCAUACAGGAUUUGUUCUUUUGUGAUCGGCUUGUUUCACUUAGCGUAAUGUCUUCAAGGUUCAUCCGUAUCGUAGUAGGUGCAUAAUUUCCUUCCUCUCAAAGGCUGGAUAAUAUUCCAUUAUAUGUAUAUGCCGGUCAUCCAUUCAUCCAUCGAUGGACAUUUGGGUUGCUUCCUCAUUUUGACUGUUGUGAAUAAUGUGUGGAGUUUUAAGAUAUUGGAAGUAGCUCCUGAAGAUAGGGUGUGUGUGAGCCCUGAGGACAGAUGCCGCAGGUUGGGACCCAGGAUCUUUCCCAUCUCGGCAUUUAUGGGUGAUGAAGCCGAGGCUCAAGGAAAGCUAUGAUUUGUCUCAUUCCCCUGUGCCCACCCCAUUUGCUCUGAGCUUCUGUUGGGCUUUACUUCUUGACUAGAGUAGCUAGAAAAUUGUAUGCUCCCUCCAUGAGGUCAUAUUUUACGAAGGUAUUUUUAUAAGUGUAGGUUUAUUAUUCUGGCUGGAAUCCUGUGACCCAACAAACACCUGGGCCCUGUCAGGGGCCUUGCCCGGUUACCCCAAGGCACACAAGGGCAAGCAAUAUGGAUUUCACCCCAUGUGCCAUCCUUUGCCUACAAGCUGGUUGGGUCGCCUAAGGUGACUGCCCUUUCAUAGGCAGCACGUUUGGAAAUGAACUGGAUGUGUGAUAGGGGAAAAGGGCCAGAGGCCUGUUGACCCUGAGCGUCCCCACCCCAGCGAAGCUCCUGAAGGGACUCCGCGUCCUGUCCUGCCGUUUGCAGCAUGAGCGAUCAUUCUAAUCGUGGGUCUGCACCUGAGGAAUGGCCUCUUGACUUGACCAAGACCAUGCAGCACUCCACAGACCAAUGUGAGCUGGAGGCAGAUGCCCGGCCUGGACCCCGAAAACCAUAAUCUGCCCAGCCCUCUGCCGAGGACUUUCUCUUGGGGCCUGGAGGACACAUGAGUUGACUUAGGUUGGAAUGGAGGACAGAGUUGGCCACUAGGAUGACAGCCCCCCUAUCAUUAGUCUUCUGUGUAUUCAUCCAAAAAUCCAGGUGACAGCCAAACUGAGAGCUGGAUGGACAAAGCAUUGCUGUUAAGCUCUGUACCUUUUUGCAUCUGUUUCCUCAGCUCAGCCCUCAGAAGUGCCACUGAGGAAAGAUAGAUGAGAAGGAGGUGACCCAAAUGGGCUUCACUGCAAGCAAACAAUAUGGAAUCAGCAAUAGACUUCUUGUUGAACAAGCCAAUUAUUUAUGUUUCUGG